CACACUCACACACACACACUCACGUUACCAUCUUCCAAUCGGAGCUGCUUUGAGCCCCACUGUUUCAUCUGGUACCAUCAGGGCUGAUGAGAGCCUCUUGUCUUCCUCAGUCGGCUGCAGCUGUUGUGUGGUUUAAUCAUGAUGAUAUCCACAUGGAUAACAGUGAUGGCCGUGCUGGUGGCUUUGUUGAAUGGAGUGAGGAGCGGUAAUGAUGCAGAACCGUGUGCAGAGAUCCACAUUCAGAGCACAGUGGUGCCUCUGGGAUCACCUGUCUCUGCCRCCUGUGUCAUCAGAAAGCACUGCCCUCUGGUCACUGGACAAGCUGUUCAGAUUGAGUGGCGYCUUGGCUCUUGCGUCGUUCCAGGCAGCCCCGUGGCGAACGAGAGCGACUGGGUUUCCAGGAUGGUUAUUUCCAGCUUCAAUCACACCGAGGUGGUCCUCACCUGCUGCAUCAAGGCCACCUCUCAGAUUGUAGCGGGAAAGGAGAUCCGAGCUGGACAUCCACCAGAAGCACCGCAGAACCUCAGCUGUCAGACAAACCUCACCAGCCCAAACACCAUGACGUGUAGGUGGGACCCAGGUCUGCAGGAGACCCACCUCCCUACAAGCUACUCCCUCCACACUGAGAUACGGGAUCUUAACAUGAACUAUACGUAUAAACUCCCACCAGGAAUCCAUCACUACACCAUCCUUCGCUCGGACUUUUCACUCUUCUCUAAUAUGAGCAUAUAUGUGAAGGCUGAGAAUGACCUUGGAGAGGCAACUUCAAAACCUAUCAUUUUGGAACCAAUCAGUGCGGCUAAGUUUGACCCACCUGAGAUAGAGAAGAUUGAAGCGGAGAGUAAGAGGUUUGGCUGCUUGAAGCUGAGGUGGAAGGUAUCCAGGCACCAGGCAUGGAUGUAUUAUGACAAAUUACACCUGGACGUUCGAAUCAGAGCUGCUGGAAACAACCAGUGGAGUGACCCUAUCCUUUGGACCCAAGUUAGCCCACACAGAGCUGUGAAACUGUCUCAUCUUCUUCAUGGGACCGAGUACUUGGCCCAGAUCAGAGUCCAAUACCUGCAGAGCCCCUGGAGUGAGUGGAGCAGUAGCAAGUCUGGAGUCACCUUGGAAAUCGCUCCUUCUGGACAUCUAAACACGUGGAUGAAGGUUUCAAGAAAUCACACAUCCAAAAAAUCCAACAUAGAGUUGUUCUGGAAGCCAACAAAACAAUUCCGCACCAACAGCCAAAAAGUCUGGUACGUUGUCUCAGUACGAAAACUGGAUGCUGGAAAAGGAAAAGUGUGCUCCACAAACAUGAGUUACUGUACUUUCCAGCUCCCAAUAAGAGUGAAGAAGGUCUAUUUGAGGGCUGUGAAUAGAGCAGGGAAAUCUCCCCCCAACGCAAUUUGGAUCUACCAACCUAAAGCUGAAACAGGAAUACUAGAUGUUGCAGCCGUUCCUCGUGAUAACAGAUCCCUUUUGAUCCAGUGGUCCAGUGUGGUUCCAUCAGGCCUCAAUGGAUAUGUGGUGGAAUGGGGGCCUUUAUUAAAACCAGACAUCUCUCACAUCCAAUUUGAAAUUUUGGAACAAAAUCAAUCAAGCCUUGUCAUAACAGGCAGCUUGGAGCCCUACAAGCCCUACAGGAUCUCUGUGUAUCCCAGGUUUAAGGAUGGGGUUGGUCCUCCUCAGACUGUUAAUGCCUACUUGAGAGAAAAGGCUCCAUCUAUGGUUCCUAAUAUACAAAUUAGAAAAAUGUGGGGGUCACGUGUUGAGUUCACCUGGGAUGAAAUACCUUUAGAGGAGAGGAAUGGAAUUAUCAAGGACUACAGAUUCUUCUACUGGUACGACAAAGGACCUGUAAAAGUUGUGAUUGCAGAUCCAGAAGAGAGGAAGGUGCUCCUGGAAAAUCUCCACUCUGAUCGUUUAUAUGAAGCUUUUAUGACGGUCAGCACGUUUGGCGGGAGCCUGAACGGGUCAACAAUUCAUUUCCAGAGCGAGUCCUUUGACGUAACUGUUACAGCGAUUCUACUAGUAACUAUCACUGGGCCAAUUCUGCUGAUAUUUAUCAUCUACAUGACUUGUUUCUCCAAAAACAAAAGGCUGAAAGGAAACAUUUGGCCAGCUGUUCCAGAUCCAGCCAACAGCAGCAUUAAAAUAUGGACAUCAGAAUCCACUCAGUUUAUUCAUCUUUCCUGGGACAAAGAAGAGCCAAAUCCAAUUUACUUGUCCCACCUCAGUUUCCUGGAACUGACCACCAAGCUGAGCCAAGAAAAGGAUGAAAACUGGUUUAAAAAUGCAGAGAACACCAGUGAUCUUGGAGAGUCCGUUUGUGAAUCACCGUUCAUCCCUGGAUACUCUGGUUCAAACAGCGACUCUGUCCCUUACGCUACGGUGUUGUUCUCGAGUCCAGGCAACAGCCCGCUCCCUAAGGAGCCUCAUGUCUAUCUGCGCUCAGAAUCCACACAGCCCCUCCUGGAAGCAGAAGAAUCCUUCAGUCCAAAAUGCUACCAGAAUGUGGGAACCGCUGGGACGUCGAGGGAGCAGUGUUUUUUUGGACCAUGUGAUGAUUGUGUACCAGAAACAGAGGAAGAUCCAGAUAUCGUUUGGAAUGACUUUCCUUUUCUCCGAGCUUUAGAGAUGACYGAUACUGAAAACAACUGAAAUCAUUGUGCUGAUUAGGACAGUAACUGGUUUURAGYUUUCUUAAAAAUUUGUAAAUUUGAUCAAAGUCAAACRUGCAAUCAGUUUAAAUGYAAUGAUUUUGAUGACCAUGCUUCAUUGUUUUCAUGCUCUGUAUAUGCAAUUAAAAAAAUUAACCUUUA